AUGCCCUCCACUACUCUCCUGCAGCCAAAUCUGGAACUCCUAAACAGACAGACGGACACAGACAUGCUGACACAGACAGACACGUAUACACACAGUGAAAAGCAAAUCAAAAUGUUCUAUCUUACGUAACAUUACAGUAUGUAGUCUGACAUGCUUUCAGAUAAUUUCCUUGUUUUUGAAUAGCCACAUACAUUAGUGUUCCCCUCUAGAGUAACUUUAGUGCAUCAUAGCUUGCUAGCUAUCUGGUAGAAAAUAAAUAACCUUGCUAGCUAGUAAUCCAGCUAAUUGUUUCAAUGCACCUACCAAAUGUGAAAUUACAAGACAAAAAAGCCACUUACUGUACCUAAAGGUGUUCCACGAUGGUGUCUUGUUGUGAAGCUAGCUAGCUAUGCUAGCCAGUGUCAGUGGGCUAGCUAGUUAAUGUUAGCCAGUAACGGAAGCCAGUAGUGCCUCUUCAUAGCCAGCUAGUUAUCUAACCUACCGGUAGCUAGCUACACCACAUGACCAAAAGUAUGUGGACAUCUGCUCGUCGAACAUCUCAUUCCAAAAUCAUGGCCAUUAAUAUGGAGUUGGUCCCCCCUUUGCUGCUAUAACAGCCUCCACUCUUCUGGGAAGGUUUCCGCUAGAUGCUGGAACAUUGUUGCGGGCGCUUGCUUCCAUUCAGCCACGAGCAUUGGUGAGGUCGGGCACUGAUGUUGGGCGAUUAGGCCUGGCUCGCAGUCGGCGUUCCAAUUCUUCCCAAAGGUGUUUGAUGGGGUUGAGGGCAGGGCUCUGUGCAGGACAGUCAAGUUCUUCCACACCGAUCUCGACAAACCAUUUCUGUAUGGACCUCGCUGUAUGGCAUUGUCAUGCUGAAACAGUAAAGGGCCUUCCCCAAACUGUUGCCAUAAAGUUGGAAGCACAGAAUCGUCUAGAAUGUCAUUGUAUGCUGUAGUGUUAAGAUUUUCAUUCACUGGAACUAAGAGGCCUAGCCCAAACCAUUAUUCCUCCUCCACCAAACUUUACAGUUGGCACUAUGCAUUUGAGUAGGUAGCGUUCUCCUGGCAUCCGCCAAACCCAGAUUCGUCUGUCGGACUGCCAUAUGGUGAAGUGUGAUUCAUCGCUCCAGAGAACGCGUUUCCACUGCUCCACAGAGUCCAAUGGCGGUGAGCUUUACACCACUCUCGUGAUCUUAGGCUUGUGUGUGGCUGCUUGGCCAUGGAAACCCAUUUCAUGAAGCUCCCGACGAACAGUUCUUCUGAGUGUUGCAACCAAGGACAGAACAUUUUCACGCGCAAUGCACUUCAGCACUCGGCGGUCCCAUUCUGUGAGCUUGUGUGGCCUACCACUUCGCGGCUGAGCCGUUGUUGCUCCUAGAUGUUUCCACUUCACAAUAACAGCACUUACAGUUGACCGGGGCAGCUGUAGCAGGGCAGAAAUCUGACGAACUGACUUGUUAGAAAGGUGGCGUACUAUGACGGUAAGGCCAUUCUACUGCCAGUGUUUGUCUAUGGAGAUUGCAUGGCUGUGUGCUCGGUUUUAUUCACCGGUCAGCAACGGGUGUGGCUGAAAUAGCCGAAUCCAUUAAUUUGAAGGGGUGAACACAUACUUUUUUUUUGUGUGUGUGUAUAUAGUGUACAUAUAUUAGCCAUAUUAGCAGGCUACUAGUAGCUACCUGUGUCCCCUCCACUGAGCUUUAUAGUCCGCUACUGCAAAUUCCUCGCACACACGGGCUGUUCUUCUUUUGUAGGGUCUCUCACUGGCUGCUGUUGUCGGGACAGCCUAAAACCACGCCACAUCGAUACAGCUACGACCGAAAGAUACUUGCUAGCAGGCACAGGCAACUUCUCUUCCUUACCGAAACCCCGCCCUCAGUGUUUGACAAUCAACAGGUCGAUAACGCAAAUGAGGAAACCAAAUAGCAAAAUGAAGCGUUGCGAUUGAUUUAUCGAAUUUGAUUGAUAAUUAGAAUUUUGUCAAUUGAGAAUUAGUACUUUUGUCACAAUUCAUGCUAUCACAACAAGGAAAUGAAAUGGCAAAUGUUUUGUAAAGAUUUGCCAUUUAAGCAUUUUGAUUUUUAAAUGUCAGGGUUGUACUGGAUAGUACCAUGGAAAUAAAAUAUCAAACACACUUUGCUAGUUAUUUUUCAAAUUAGCAGACAUUAUGCAUUCCAAUCAAGAAAAUGAUAAUGCAAUAUAUAUUUGUGCAUUUCAAUUUGAAAUGCAUACCCAUUUAGGAAAAGGAAAUGCAAACAUGAUAUUGACUUAUAAUUUGACCAUUUGCAUUUCAAAUUGAGUUUCGGCAGCUAAAUGCUUCCAUAGUAUAUAAUAGCUAGCUAGCUAUAAGAGUAUGGGCUACCAUUAGGCUAGCCAACUAAUCUCAACUCCAUGAUUUACGAUUGACUUGAGCGGCCACUAUUGUGUGCGGACUGGAGCUUUGACGACACAUAAUUCAGUUUUUAACAAUUUCAAUUGUAAAUGCGGGCUAUUUUUUGGGUUCUGAAAUCCUUAAAUAUAUACACUGCUCAAAAAAAUAAAGGUAACACUUAAACAACACAAUUUAACUCCAAGUCAAUCACACUUCUGUGAAAUCAAACUGUCCACUUAGGAAGCAACACUGAUUGACAAUAAAUGUCACAUGCUGUUGUGCAAAUGGAAUAGACAACAGGUGGAAAUUAUAGGCAAUUAGCAAGACACCCCCAAUAAAGAAGUGGUUCUGCAGGUGGUGACCACAGACCACUUCUCAGUUCCUAUGCUUCCUGGCUGAUGUUUUGGUCACUUUUGAAUGCUGGCGGUGCUUUCACUCUAGUGGUAGCAUGAGAUGGAGUCUACAACCCACACAAGUGGCUCAGGUAGUGCAGCUCAUCCAGGAUGGCACAUCAAUGCGAGAUGUGGCAAGAAGGUUUGCUGUGUCUGUCAGCGUAGUGUCCAGAGCAUGGAGGCGCUACCAGGAGACAGGCUAGUACAUCAGGAGACGUGGAGAAGGCCGUAGGAGGGCAACAACCCAGCAGCAGGACCGCUACCUCCGCCUUUGUGCAAGGAGGAGCAGGAGGAGCACUGCCAGAGCCCUGCAAAAUGACCUCCAGCAGGCCACAAAUGUGCAUGUGUCUGCUCAAACGGUCAGAAACAGACUCCAUGAGGGUGGUAUGAGGGCCCGACAUCCACAGGUGGGGGUUGUGCUUACAGCCCAACACCGUGCAGGACGUUUGGCACCAAGAUUGGCAAAUUCGCCACUGGCGCCCUGUGCUCUUCACAGAUGAAAGCAGGUUCACACUGAGCACGUGACAGACGUGACAGUCUGGAGACGCCGUGGAGAACGUUCUGCUGCCUGCAACAUCCUCCAGCAUGACCGGUUUGGCGGUGGGUCAGUCAUGGUGUGGGGUGGCAUUUCUUUGGGGGGCCGCACAGCCCUCCAUGUGCUCGCCAGAGGUAGCCUGACUGCCAUUAGGUACCGAGAUGAGAUCCUCAGACCCCUUGUGAGACCAUAUGCUGGUGCGGUUGGCCCUGGGUUCCUCCUAAUGCAAGACAAUGCUAGACCUCAUGUGGCUGGAGUGUGUCAGCAGUUCCUGCAAGAGGAAGGCAUUGAUGCUAUGGACUGGCCCGCCCGUUCCCCAGACCUGAAUCCAAUUGAGCACAUCUGGGACAUCAUGUCUCACUCCAUGCACCAACGCCACGUUGCACCACAGACUGUCCAGGAGUUGGCGGAUGCUUUAGUCCAGGUCUGGGAGGAGAUCCCUCAGGAGACCAUCCGCCACCUCAUCAGGAGCAUGCACAGGCAUUGUAGGGAGGUCAUACAGGCACGUGGAGGCCACACACACUACUGAGCCUCAUUUUGACUUGUUUUAAGGACAUUACAUCAAAGUUGGAUCAGCCUGUAGUGUGGUUUUCCACUUUAAUUUUGAGGGUGACUCCAAAUCCAGACCUCCAUGGGUUGAUAAAUUUGAUUUCCAUUGAUAAUUUUGGUGUGAUUUUGUUGUCAGCACAUUCAACUAUGUAAAGAAAAAAGUAUUUAAUAAGAUUAUUUCAUUCAUUCAGAUCUAGGAUGUGUUAUUUUAGUGUUCCCUUUUUAGCAGUGUAUAUAUAACUUCAUUUUAUGUGACGUCGGCACUCCAGUCCGCAACACUCAAAUCAAUGGAGGUCAGAGAAAAAAGUGGUAAAAAAUCUGGAAAAUUAUAUUGCGUCAGCUAGGCUGAAUUCUGUGCCAGAAUUAAGGCUACUGGCUACCUGACAGGCUCACUUUCCCAUUGAACUCGUCAUCUUUCUUCUCGAAUCCGCAGGACAUAAAACAAUAUGGAGGUAAGAUGGAUAUCAAUUUUUAGACAUGACAUUUCCUAUUUUAGUAUACGCUUUUCAUAUUAAUUUUAAAUGUCCUGUUUUUUUGAAGAUUUAUAACAAAAACAAGCGUAUCUCUGUGAAAUGUCAACGGAGCACUGAGCGUAUACCAAGCUUUUUAUUUUCAAACCCUUUUACAUUUAAUUCAGCUCUUGUGAUAAUUCGGCAACCUGCGGAAACAACUUUGAAGACAUUUCAAAGACAACAUUUUUACACUGCACCUAAUCAAAAGCCCUCCCCCCGUAGAGGUAACCUCCCUGCAUGUGUUUGUGUUGUAGAUCAACAAGGGGGACUAUGAGGGUGAGGUGCAAAUCUUCGGGAGCAGCAAGGUGCAGCAGAAGGCCCGAGAGAUGAUCGAGGAGUUGGUGGCAGGAGACAAUGGCCCUUGGGGAUUCCGCAGAGGUAAAGCACACUUAAACCACUGUGAAAGGGAGAGAGCACUGAGUGGGGUACUGUAUACUGCAGAUUGGACGGCGGUACAUUCAUGCUGCGAACAGCCAGUUCCAUUUCAUCCCAAAGAUGCUCUAUGGGUUUGAGGUCUGGGAACUGCUCAGGCCACUCAAGUAAACUGAACUCGCUGUCAUGUUCCAGGCAAUGUUUUUUCCACUCCUCAAUUGUCCAUUGUUGGUGAUCGCGUGCCCACUGGAGCUGCUGCUUCUUGUUUUUAGCUGAUAGGAGUGGAACCCGGUGUGGUCGUUUGCUGCAAUAGCCCAUCCGUGAGAAAGAUUAACGAGUUGUGCGUUCUGAGAUGCCAUCCUGUACACCAUUGUUAUACUGCGCUGUUAUUUGACUGUUUGUGGCCCGCCUGUUGACUUCCACUAUUCUUUCCAUUCUCCGUCAACCUCUCUCAUCAACAAGCUGUUUUCACCCACAGGAUUGUCGCUGAUAUUUUUUGUUCGUCGCACCGUUCUCGGUAAACCCUAGACACUGUCGUGUGUGAAAAGCCCAGGAGCGCGGCAGUUUCUGAGAUACUGCUCCGGCGAGCCUGUUACCGACGAUCAUAGCACGCUCAGUCGUUUAGUUCACUCGUUUUGCCCAUUCUAAUGUUCAAUCAAACAGUAACUGGAUGCCUGUCUGCCUGCUUUAUAUAGCAAGCCAUAGCCAUGUAACUUACUGUCUGUAGGAGUGAUCCAUUUUCAUGAACAGGGUGGUGUACCGAAUAAACUGGCCAGUGAUUAUGUGUUCUUGAAGGACCUCUUCAACUAUAUAGCUUUAUGCAUUUACUUUGAUCUUGUCAUAAAUGCAACUUUUCAACCUCUUAUCUCCAGCACCAAACCAGUGUCUACAUACAUUACCGUUCAAAAGUUUGGGGUCACUUAGAAAUGUCCUUGUUUUCCAAAGAAAAGCAUUUUUUUGGUCCAUUAAAAUAACAUCAAAUUUAUCAGAAAUACAGUGUAGACAUUGUUAAUGCUGUAAAUGGCUAUUGUAGCUGAGCAAGAAACAGGCACCUCACUGGUCCUCAACUGGCAGCUUCAUUAAAUAGUACCGCAAAACACCAGUCUCAACGUCAACAGUGAAGAGGCGACUCCAGGAUGCUGACCUUCUAGGCAGAGAUGCAAAGAAAAAGCAAUAUCUCAGACUGCCCAUCUUAAUCUUUUAUUUUUAUUGGCCAGUCUGAGAUAUGGUUUUUUCUUUGCAACUAUGCCUAGAAGGUCAGCAUCCCAGAGUCGCCUCUUACAUUUUAGUCAUUUAGCAGACGCUCUUAUCCAGAGCGACUUACAGGAGCAAUUAGGGUUAAGUGCCUUGCUCAAGGGCACAUCGACAGAUUUUUCACCUAGUCGGCUCGGGGAUUAGAACCAGCGACCUCUCGGUUACUGGCACAACGCUCUUAACCACUAAGCUACCUGCCGCUCCAACUCUUCACGUUGAGACUGGUGUUUUGCGGGUACUAUUUAAUGAAGCUGCCAGUUGAGGACCUGUGAGGCGCCUGUUUCUCAAACUAGACACUAAUGUAUUUGUCCUCUUGCUCAGUUGUGCACCGGGGCCUCCCACUCCUCUUUCUAUUCUGGUUAGAGCCAGUUUGCGCUGUUCUGUGGAGGGAGUAGUACACAGCGAGAUCUUCAGUUUCUUGGCAAUUUCUCACAAGGAAUAGCCUUCAUUUCUCAGAACAAGUAUAGACUGACGAGUUUCAGAAGAAAGUUAUUUUUUUCUGCCCAUUUUGAGCCUGUAAUCGAACCCCACAAUUGCUAAUGCUCCAGAUACUCAACUAGUCUCAAGAAGGACAGUUUUAUUGCUGCUUUAAUCAGCAGAACAGUUUUCAGCUGUGCUAACAUAAUUGCAAAAGGGUUUUCUAAUAAUCAACUAGCCUUUUUAAAAUGAUAAACUUGGAUUAGCAAACACAACAUGCCAUUGGAACACAGGACUGAUGGUUGCUGAUAAUUGGCCUCUGUACGCCUAUCUAGAUAUUCCAUUAAAAAUCUGCUGUUUCCAGCUACAAUAACCAUUUACAACAUUAACAAUGUCUACACUGUAUUUCUCAUCAAUUUGAUGUUAUUUUAAUGGACCAAAAAAUUGCUUUUCUUUAGAAGAAAUACAUUUCUAAGUGACCCCAAACGUUUGAACCGUAGUGUAUGUGAAAACAGCGCAUCUCUAUGAUCUGUGGUAAAAAUAAAUACAUGUAAUAAUAUAUAUAUAUUUGUUUUUAUGUAAUGCCUUUUGUGAACUAACACUUGACUUUUUACGAGGGAAAUAAGGAUUUGACCCCUCUGCAAAACAUGACUUAGUACUUGGUGGCAAAACCCUUGUUGGCAAUCAGAGGUCAGACGUUUCUUGUAGUCAACCUUCAGCUCCCUCCACAGAUUUUCUAUGGGAUUAAGGUCUGGAGACUGGCUAGGCCACUCCAGGACCUUAAUGUGCUUCUUCUUGAGCCACUCCUUUGUUGCCUUGGCUGUGUGUUUUGGGUCAUUGUCAUGCUGGAAUACCUAUCCACGACCCAUUUUCAAUGCCCUGGCUGAGGGAAGGAGGUUCUCACCCAAGAUUUGACAGUACAUGGCCCCGUCCAUCGUCCCUUUGAUGCGGUGAAGUUGUACUGUCCCCUUAGCAGAAAAACACCCCCAAAGCAUAAUGUUUCCACCGCCAUGUUUGACGGUGGGGAUGGUGUUCUUGGGGUCAUAGGCAGCAUUCCUCCUCCAAACACAGCGAGUUGAAUUGAUGCCAAAGAGCUCAAUUUUGGUCUCAUCUGACCACAACACUUUCACCCAGUUCUCCUCUGAAUCAUUCAGAUGUUCAUUGGCAAACUUCAGACGGGCCUGUAUAUGUGCUUUCUUGAGCAGGGGGACCUUGCGGGCGCUGCAGGAUUUCAGUCCUUCACGGCGUAGUGUGUUACCAAUUGUUUUCUUGGUGACUAUGGUCCCAGCUGCCUUGAGAUCAUUGACAAGAUCCUCCCGUGUAGUUCUGGGCUGAUUCCUCACUGUUCUCAUGAUCAUUGCAACUCCACGAGGUGAGAUCUUGCAUGGAGCCCCAGGCCAAGGGAGAUUGACAGUUUUUUGUGUUUCUUCCAUUUGCGAAUAAUCGCACCAACUACUGUCACCUUCUCACCAAGCUGCUUGGCGAUGGUCUUGUAGCCCAUUCCAGCCUUGUGUAGGUCUACAAUCUUGUCCCUGACAUCCUUGGAGAGCUCUUUGGUCUUGGCCAUGGUGGAGAGUUUGGAAUCUGAUUGAUUGAUUGCUUCUGUGGACAAGUGUAUUUUAUACAGGUAACAAGCUGAGAUUAGGAGCACUCCCUUUAAGAGUAUGCUCCUAAUCUCAGCUCGUUACCUGUAUAAAAAACACCUGGGAGCCAGAAAUCUUUCUGAUUUAGAGGGGGUCAAAUACUUAUUUCCCUCAUUAAAAUGCAAAUCAAUUUAUAAAAUUUUUGACAUGCCUUUUUCUGGAUUUUUUUGUUAUUCUGUCUCACUGUUCAAAUAAACCUACCAUUAAAAUGAUAGACUGAUCAUUUCUUUGUCAGUGGGCAAACGUACAAAAUCAGCAGGGGAUCAAAUACUUUUUUCCCUCACUGUAUGUGUUUCGGUAAAAAUGACAUUUUUGUUUUAUUCUAUAAACUACUGACAACAUUUCUCCCAAAAUUCCAAAUAAAAAUAUUUUCAUUUAGAGCAUUUAUUUGCAGAAAAUGACAACUGGUCAAAAUAACAAAAAAGAUGCAGUGUUGUCAGACCUCGAUUAAUGCAAAGAUUUUUAAACAACACAAUACUAAUGUUUUAACUUAGGAAGAGUUCAGAAAUCAAUAUUUGGUGGAAUAACCCUGAUUUUCAAUCACAGAUUUCAUGCGGCUUGGCAUGCUCUCCACCAGUCUCUCACAUUGAUGUUGGGUGACUUUAUGCCACUCCUGGCGCAAAACUUCAAGCAGCUCUGCUUUUUUUGAUGGCUUGUGACCAUCCAUCUUCCUCUUGAUCACAUUCCAGUAGUUUUCAAUGGAGUUCAGGUCUGGAGAUUGGGCUGGCCCUGACAGGGUCUUGAUCUGGUGGUCCUCCAUUCACACCUUGAUUGACCUGGCUGUGUGGCAUGGCGCAUUGUCCUGCUGGAAAAACCAAUCCUCAGAGUUGGGGAACAAUGUCAGAGCAAAAGGAAGCAAGUUUUCUUCCAGGACAACCUUGUACGUGGCUUGAUUCAUGUGUCCUUCACAAAGACAAAUCUUCCCGAUUCCAGCCUUGCUGAAGCACCCCCAGAUCAUCACCGAUCCUCCACCAAAUUUCACAGUGGGUGCGAGACACUGUGGCUUGUAGGCCUCUCCAGGUCUCCGUCUAACCAUUAGACGACUAGGUGUUGGGCAAAGCUGAAAAUUGGACUCAUCAGAGAAGAUGACCUUACGCCAGUCCUCUACGGUCCAAUCCUUAUGGUUUUUCACAAACCUCAGCCUGGCUCCCCUAGGAGCCUGUUUCGAACCGUCCUCGCCGUGCACUUCACCCCAGCUGCCGUUAGCCAUUAUUUUUGUAGGUCACUUGAUGUCAUCCUACUGUUGUUGAGUGACAUUCUAAUGAGUUUGCAGUCAUCCCGGUCAGUAGAGUCGUUUUUUCGCCCUCUGCUGGUCUGUAGCUUUGUUGUCCCCAAUGUCUCCUGCUUGACCUUGUUCUUAUGAACUGCCGUCUUUGAAAUUUUAAGGAUGGAAGCAACCUGAUGCUCACUGUAUCCCUCUGCCAGUAAAGCCAGAAUUGAACCCUUUUCCUCACUCAACUUUCCUUUUCAACUCUUUUGGCAUGGUCAAUAGUUAUUUUUCGAUAAAUAUUACAUUUGAGGUACUAAUAGCACUAUUUUUGCCAUCCAGCUGGUCCCAUUGCAAGAGGAUAGUGAUGACCACAGCAGUGGUUUUUAUACUUUUCCUCAUUAAAUAAGACUUGGUUCAGGUGAUCACCUAAUCAGUACCUAAUUCAGUAGAAUGAGCUGUGCCUGUGUUGGAAUUCAACAGACACGGGAAUGGAAUGGCUGUCAUACAUGUAGAGAUGCUGAUUUAAGAAAAAGUUGCAGUGGUCUCUUAAUUCUUUCCACAGCUGUAUGUAGACACUGGUAUUUUGCUGGAGAUAAUGAAAAUGAGGUUUAAAAAUUGUGGAAUUGCCCUGUCACGUUUUUAAUUUCACCAACAUCAAAUUAUUUGCUGUAUCAAGUCGGUGUUCUUACAGUAUAGAGUUCUCUGAAGCUUUUCAUUGUCUGCUUUCCAUGAAGGCUUUCCCUGCUAUAACGGGCCUCCUAAAUUGUCCGGUGGACUCAUCUGGUGAACGAGACUACUAGUUCAUCACACACAGAGUUUCUCUUUGUAUAUUGCAUUCUCUCUCAGGACCUGGGCGAGAUGGUGGAUUUGGGGGUAGAGGUGGAGGAUUUGGGGGUGGGGGGUCUGGUGGCGGAGGCAGGAGCGGCUCCAUCUGGUCAGCUGCAGCCCUGCAGGCGUCUGUGGAUGAAAGUCCUCCACAGGCCAUCGACUGGGUCUCCAUGAGGGAGAACCGGCACAAAUACGAGGAGAUGAAGUGGCAGGGUGAGUGGGGGAAACGCAUACACACCACACACCGGGACUGCGUCACUGUUGACUAACUGACAACUGUUCCUACACUUGAUUCUCCUGUCAUCUUACAUGACAGUAUUCUGAUUUGAUAGAGUUCUUAGUGGCUGAAUAGAACAUUUUGAUUUGGGACCGCUGCAGAUCUCCCACCUCUGAAGAAGGAUUUCUACUUUGAGUCAGAGAUUGUAGCCAGUCGGUGUGAAGAGGAAGUGAGGGCAUGGAGGUAAGUUGGGGACGAGGGCUUCAUUUUUUGUCUCAAUUGGAGGUAUAUUUCUUGUCCAGCAGAGGAUGCUGUUUAUCUAUCCACUUUCUGAGUUUCUUCUGCUCAGUAAAAUAUUAUCAACUCAUAACUCUUCUCAGGAGACUCUGUGGUUCCAUACCAUCCAACAUGAAACCAAAGUAACUAUAUUCCUGACUAAUUCCACCCUCUCUUCCCGUAGGAAAGCGAAUAACGAUAUCUUUGUGGACGACCUAAAGGAGGGAGAAGGGGAGAAACGUCCCUUUCCCAACCCUGUGGCCACGUUCAACGAAGCCUUCUUGCACUAUCCUGGGAUCAUGGAGAAUAUUGUCAGAGUCGGCUUCGCCAAGCCAACUCCUAUCCAGGUGCUUAUUCAGUCAGAGUCCAACACCCCUUCCAAAAUCUUGCUGUUUGUGUACAACUUUUGACCAUCUCUGAGCAAAGGCUUGAGUGAUUUUUCACAGACCAAUUAGAUGAGCAAUACACUCCAAAUUUAACUGAGCGGUAAUAGUGCACUCACUCCAUGCCCUUGAAGUUGGAGCAUGAUGGGGGCGGCGGCGCGGGGCGGUACUACUAAGCUAGCAUAUGGAAUUGUUUUAAGAUGGUCAUACCAUGCAUAAUUUAGCCAUUUUAUUUUGAAUUUUAGGACCCCUUUAGUUAUCAAAUAAAUAUUUAGUUUCAAAAUAUUGAAUUUGACCUUUACUACUAUAGCCCAUAAACGCAUUGAAUAACACAUUCAUAAAUGGCAAAAAAAGACAGUCAAUUACAUAGGAAUAAGGGUUUGAAGUGUCUGUCCUAUAUCUAGGAGAUAUAAGAAAUAUUUUAGUUUUUUUUAAACAUAUUUAACCCCAUAUUGUUGUUGGCACAAAACUACCUCCAUACUUUCAUUCAUUUGUAUUGGUUACCUUCAGACGAGUCCCGUGGGGGUCAUAGAGAGAAACUGAACACCAUCGUGUUUGUGAGAGUAUAGUCUUUCCAUAGAGCGGUCAUGUUAGUUGGUAGGCCAAAUCGUUCUCGUGAGAAGACAGAUUUUCUGGAUGUCUCCUGUUCUGACAAACAGCGCUGUAGCUUUACCACUUUCCACCGCAGAUGUGGAAGGGGGACAUAGGUGGCCGCAGUGGAUAGAGACUCGGCCCAUGCAAAGAAAACACAUCUCUAGUUUAAAGUGAUGGGUUUUGAUGGGGAUUUUUUAUGUUCAUUAAAAAGGAUUAAGAUUGUUAGGGGAGGAACUCUCAUACAUAUUAACAACAUCUAACAGAACACCUGAAAAGAAGGAGAGAUUAACUGAAGAGUUGCUAUGCAAAAUAAGGUUUGCUUGUUUGUAUCAUUUAUUGGGUAAGUUAGGUAAAUGUAUCUGUUGCUCAGGGGAAUAACCGUGGUGUUGUCAAAUAUUUUGGAAAGACCCUCAUAACUGCAACCUUGAGGGCAGAUGUGUAUCUAAAAAAAAUGUAAUGGGUACAUUACAGUUGAUAAUUUCCCUCAAAAUAUACGAAUGAAAAGCACAACGGAUGAAGAUUUAGAAAAUAAUACUUCCUCUAAACGUUUUUACUUGUUCACUUUCCUUCACUGAUUUAAUUAAAAGGAAAUGGCUGGUAUAAGAAAGAUGUUGGAAACACUCUCCCAUUCCUCCACCAAUCCAAUGCUUUUGUGGGAUGUAGUGAACGAGUACACAAUUCAGUAGAAAUGUUGGCGCUGGCAAAAAUGGCAUUUCGCUAUGACAUUGAAAUGUGAAAUAUGUUAUUGGGAAACGCCCUUUGAAGCUCACUGAACGACAUUUCUUCAGAAGUCUCUGCCUGUAAUUUGCUGACUCAUACCUUACUGUUGUCUCUGGUUAUAUCCAGUAUGCAUACAAUUUCUGUAUGCAUGCACCCAGUUUCUGUUACGCCUCGGUUGUCAUUGACAUGGUCUUUUGUUGUGAGAUACAAGAUUUAGUUUUCGCUAACAGUUAACCCACUACUGUGAUGCCAUAGUUGGUACUUAGUACUGUACACAGUUGCACUAUAACUCCCAUGUUGUCAUUGUCAUUCCCAUGCUGAUGACAGUCUCAAGCCUGGCCCAUGUUGCUGAAAGGAGAUGACCUGAUUGCGAUCGCCCAGACAGGCACAGGGAAGACACUGGCCUACCUCCUACCUGGCUUUAUUCACAUGGAUGGCCAGCCUGUGUGAGUUUACCACCAUACUGGUAUUACUUCCAGCCAUGCGUCUUUCACACAAUUGCUCAAUCCAAGAUUGACCCCAAUCCCUAAUGCUCUUCUGUAGUUCAGAAAUAAUGGGAUAGGCAUUUGACGUAUUUUUUACUUUUGUGGGUGUAUGGUUUACCUACCAACAGAAAAGUGGGUAAGCGGGACGGCCCUGGUAUGCUGGUUCUCACUCCCACUAGAGAGCUGGCUCUGCAGAUUGAGUCAGAGUGCAACAAGUACAGCUACAAGGGCUUCAAAUGGUACCAUACGUGCUCCUAACACACUGUAUAGAAUUAUCAUACUAGGGCUUCAUCAAGCACCACAUCUAUUCUACUGUACUAACACCAUAAUACACACUAGCUUGAGGUACCAUACCUAUAUUACUAACACUACAUAUGAAACCACAAGGGCUUCAAGAGAUCACAUCUAUACUAUGACCUACAGGGGAGAUGUCUGCAUGUGGAGCCUCCUCUGUGUUGUGUCUUUGUGUAGUGUGUGUGUCUACGGAGGUGGAGACCGCAGGGCCCAGAUCAAAGCAAUCUCAGUUGGAGUAGACAUUGUGAUCGCUACGCCUGGCCGGCUUAACGACCUGCAGAAGAACGAGCUGAUCAACCUGCGUUCCAUCACCUACCUGGUGUGUGUGUGUGUGUGUGUGUGUGUGGCAGUGGUGAGAGAGUGUGUGUGUGUGUGUGCGCGCGACUGUAUUUGUGCAUGGCUGUAUUUGUGCAUGGCUGUGUAUGCUGCUGGUAGCGUGUGAGCAUGUGUGUAACUGGGGGUUUCUGUGUUAGGUGCUGGAUGAGGCAGACCGGAUGCUUGACAUGGGCUUUGAGCCUCAAAUCAUGAAGAUUCUUUUGGACGUCCGUCCGGACAGACAGACUAUGAUGACCAGGUAAAGGGACCCCAAGAUGGGAGAGCACCCCAUUACUUCAGACACACUACAACUCUGUAUCAACGUUCAGUUCCACAGUGUAUAGAGCUCAUCUGUUUUGUAAGAGUUACAAUGCCUACCAUUCCUUUGUUGAUCUCUGCACAUCUUGAUGUCUUGUCUCUUCUCCGGUUGGCUAAUUCAGUGCCACCUGGCCCACGGGAGUGAGGCGAUUGGCCAAGACGUACCUGAAGAACCCCAUGAUGGUGUACGUGGGAACUCUGGACCUGGCUGUGAGUGGAGCUAAUGCUCCUGCUGCUCAUUGCAAAUAAACAUUAAUUCAAAUAAAUAAGAAAUGAAUGGGAUGUGUUAAGACCUAGGUAAGGGUUCAAUCCGAUCACGAGUUAUAUGCAUUGUGGCUUUUAAAGGCAAUUUCCGAUUGCCGUGUUUACCGUGAAUGGGAUCUCUGCGAACGCGGGAACAUUGCCUUUUUAAAGCCGCAAUGCCUAUAACCCGCGAUUGGAUUGAUUGCAGGCCCUAGCUUAUUAACAGCACUAGUGUUUGCUAGAUGUUUGUCCCUGCCCAACCUAAUAAUCUGUAGAUCUCUCUUCUCUCUCUACUCUCUCAGGCUGUGAACACAGUACAGCAGACUGUUCUCUUUUGUCAGGACGAGGAGAAGAAGGCCUAUCUCUUUAACUUCGUCCACAACAUGGAGCCUGAGGACAAAGUGCUCAUCUUCGUAGGCAAGAAGAUAAUGUGAGUGUUGCCCUGCACUCAUCUGUUCUCUCCUUGUUAUAUGUCCCAUGUCAGACACACAGUAUGAUGGUCAGCAAGACAUUGAGGAAACUAGAGAUAAUCCUUAGCCCGAUUCGAGAGGCACUUCAUGUAUAUUUGACAGAAUUUCAUGGGUAUAAGAUUGGUGUAAGGCAGGGCUCAGAUCUGGCCUUUUUAUCAAUUUAGACUAGCCCCUUGAUCAGUUUUUAACAUUAAUUUUAAAAAAUCUAUAAAGAAAUCCCCAGCAAAAAUCUGAUGUUUAGUGCCAAAAUGACAAGUGGGGUUUCUAGCACAAUAUUGCCAUUUUGCCUCUGAAUUUGGCUCCAGCGUUUGAACAGUUUGGGCUAUAAACUAUUAUGACCCAAUUCCUGAAAGCUAAGACUCAGGAACAUGAUGAGCCUUCUGUUUCCCUCUGAUGUUCACAAGCUGUACAGGACAGAAGGGAGUGUGGGGAAAAAACACCUAAUUACUAGGGAAAAGGAAUUCAAAGCAUAUUUCCUUCAGACUGAAAUGUGGAAUUAGGCUACCCAAUUGCGAUAUCUUUGUUAUUUAUAACUUUUAUUGAGUUAUGGCAUUAAGGACAGAUGAAAACAUUUUCUUAAAUAUUUUGUACACAUUUGUUCCUUAACAGAGUCAAAUAGCCUCCUAGUCCAUGUUAUCACUAUCUGUGUGUGUUUGGGCAGUAAAGAGAACACUUUGUUUUCAAAGGAUUUUGAAAUGACCUAAUUACUUUUAGCAACAUUUAAGUGCUUUAUAUGGUGUGUGUGCGUUGUUUGAUACAGUUCUUCAGAAGAAGAAUCGCAUGUCAAAUGUCCGGCACCCCUGCAAUUAACUUUAAAAAAAUAAAAUAAGAAUUAAGUUGAAUAGCCUUGGUGUAAAGGAUAUUGUAGUAGCUCCACCUUGCUUCAGCUAGGUUAAGUGGACUUUUCACAAGGGCAAAAAGGGGUAAAAAUUCUACCCAUCGCAGAUGUCCAAGUCAGCAAAACAACAUGAUGGGUGAACCAAGGAAAGGAAAUGACCAAAACUGGGGAGAGAUUGGCAAGUCAUCUCAUUUUAGCAGUUAUUGUAUCUGAUUCUGGCACUCAUUAUAUGGUCUUUUAUCAAUUAUCAAUUAUAUUCCUGCGUCCUCGCUCCUCCGUCCUGUCUCGCUUCCUUUUGAAAAAGGUUAAAGUUAAUCGAGGAGAGUGAACGUGGAUGGAAAUGCACUUGCUUGAAAUGAGAUGUUCCUUCUCCACUUGUGCAUUAGGCAAAUGACGUUUUACAGGGGUGGAUCCCAAAAUAUAUGUGUAAAGUGAUCAAAACAAUUUCAGUUAGUUGUGCAAGACAUUUUAUAGAUGAAACAAUAAGUCUAAUAUUGUUUUUAAACGUGUGCAUGUUUUUCUCCUCUGACAAAACAAAAGCUAAUUCAAAGGGGAUGUGGCAGAUUUCAAAACUCUGGUAGGAUACACAUGAGUAUCCUCGAUGAAAGGUGGCUAUUGAGGAGGGGAAGACACUCUUUAGUUUGCCUACUAAUGAAUUGACACAGUCCUCGGCCACUUAUCGGUUUCUGGGCCACUGAGGAUGGUCUUUUGCCCAAACGAGAGAACCUGUAUGACAAAAAAAAUGGCCACUCAACUGUCUAUGCUGCUGCCCACACUUGUUUGGUUUAGACAGUGGUGUUUCCCAACCUAGCCCUCCAGGCUUUUUCUUACAGACUGAGCACUGUUCUGAGGUGUGGCUUUUAGAUGCGCUUCCAGGAAAACUAAACUUAGGCUAUAUUUAAUUCUACCACCGCCCCUCCCAGUGCCAGGGCAAUGCAAAUAGUCUGGGUAGCCAUUUGAUUAGAUGUUCAGGAGUCUGAUGGCUUGGGGGUAGAAGCUGUUUAGAAGCCUCUUGGACCUAGACUUGGCGCUCCGUAACCGCUUGCCGUGCGGUAACAGAGAGAACAAUCUGACUAGGGUGGCUGGAGUCUUUGACAAUUUUUAGGGCCUUCCUCUGACACCGCCUGGUAUAGAGGUCCUGGAUGGCAGGAAGCUUGGCCCCAGUGAUGUACUGGGCCGUACGCAUUACCCUCUGUAGUGCCUUGCGGUCGGAGGCCGAGCAGUUGCAUACCAGGUAGUGAUGCAACCAGUCAGGAUGCUCUCAAUGGUGCAGCUGUAUAAUCUUUUCAGUCUCCUUAGGGGGAAUAGGUUUUUUCAUGCCCUCUUCACGAGUGUCUUGGUGUGUUUGGACCAUGUUAGCUUGUUGGUGAUGUGGACACCAAGGAACUUGACGCUCUCAACCUGCUCCGCUACAGCCCUGUCGAUGAGAAUUGGGGCUUGCUCGGUCCUCUUCGUUUUCCUGUAGUCCACAAUCAUCUCCUUUGUCUUGAUCACGUAGAGGGAGAGGUUGUUGUCCUGGCACCACACGGCCAGGUCUCUGACCUCCUCACUAUAGGCUGUAUCGUCGUUGUUGUUGAUCAGGCCUACCACUGUUGUCAUCGGCAUACUUAAUUAUGGUGUUGGAGUCGUGCCUGGCCAUGCAGUCAUGAGUGAACAGGGAGUACAGGAGGGGACUGAGCACGCACCCCUGAGGGGCCCCCGUGUUGAGGAUCAGCGUGGCGGAUGUGUUGUUACCUACCCUUACCACCUGGGGGCGGCCCGUCAGGAAGUCCAGGAUUUGAGGGCACUAUGGUGUUGAACGCUGAGCUGUAGUCAAUGAAUAGCAUUCUCACUUAGGUGUUCCUUUUGUCCAGGUGUGAAAGGGCAGUGUGGAGCGCAAUAGAGAUUGCAUCAUCUGUGGAUCUGUUGGGGCGGUAUGCAAAGUUUUCUAUUGCUUGACCCCAUCAACAACAAUUUGUUGAGACCAGCUCAUGGGCUGGUGCCACAAGGGAUAACAGUUAAUCUGGAGCCCUGCUGUAAGGGGUGUGUCGGCACUAUAAAGAAUCUGUGCAUCUGCAGCCUCUUACAACACCCUGCCUUCAAGGAUUUAUAAAGGUUUAAUCAAUCACCAAAUACUAGAAGAUUUUCUGAUUUCUUACCAAAAGGUGUGACGACCUGUCCAGUGACAUGUGUCUGCGUGGCCUGGCAGUACAGAGUCUUCAUGGGGACCGGGAACAGUGUGACCGCGAGGAGGCUCUCAAGGACUUCAAAGAAAGUAGGUUGAUAGUUGGUUGUAGGUCCCUAGCCACUGAUCUGAGGUCAGUGGUCCUCUGUAGCUCAGUUGAUGGAGCAUGGCUCUUACAACGCCAGGAUAGUGGGUUCGAUUACCGGGACCACCCAGACGUAAAAAAUUUAUACACGCGACUGUAAGUCGCUUUGGAUAGAACCGUCUGCUAAAUGGCAUAUAUAUUUAAAGCUGGGGUGGCCAACCCCCCUCCUGGGGAGCUACUGGGGUUGCAGGCUUUCGUUGUGUGUGUGCUUCCUAAACAACAGGUGUAGACUAACAGUGAUAUGCUUACUUAUGGGCCCUUCCCAACAAUGCAGAGAGAAGUGGAAAAAGAAUAUACUGAACAAAAAUAUAAACGCAACAUGUGAAGUGUUGGUCCCAUGUUUCAUGAGCUGAAAUAAAAUAUCCCAGAAAUGUUUCAUACCACAAAAAGCUUAUUUCUCUCCAAUUUUGUGCACAAAUUUGUUUACGUCCCUGUUAGUGAGCAUUUCUCCUUUGCCAAGGUAAUCCAUCCACCUGACAGGUGUGGCAUAUCAAGAAGCUGAUUAAACAGCAUGAUCAUUACGCAGGUGAACCUAGUGCUGGGGACAAUAAAAGGCCACUCUAAAAUGUGCAGUUUUGUCACACAACACAAUGCCACAGAUGUCUCAAGUUGAGGGAGUGUGCAAUUGGCAUGCUGACUACAGGAAAGUCCACCACAGCUGUUGCCAGAGAAUGUCAUGUUCAUUUCUCUAACAUAAGUCGGCUCCAACGUCGUUUUAGAAAAUGUUGCAGUACGUCCAACCGGCCUCACAACCGCAGACCACGUGUAACCACGCCAGCCCAGGACCUCCAUAUCCGGCUUCUUCACCUGCAGGAUCGUCUGAGACCAGCCACCUGGACAGCUGAUGAAACAGGAGUAUUUCUGUCUGUAAUAAGCCCUUUUGUGGAGAAAAACUCAUUCUGAUUGGCUGGGCCUGGCUACCCAGUGGCUGGGCCUGGCUACCCAGUGGCUGGGCCUGGCUACCCAGUGGCUGGGCCUGGCUCCACAGUGGGUGGGCCUAUGCCCUCCCAGGCCCACCCAUGGCUGCGCCCUUGCCCAGUCAUGUGAAAUCCAUAGAUUAGGGCCUAAUGAAUUUAUUUCAAUUGACUGAUUUCCUUAUAUGAACUGUAACUCAGUAAAAUCAAUGAAAUUGUUGCAUGUUGCGUUUUAUAUUUUUGUUCAGUAUAGAAAGAUUAUAACACAAGGAAUAAAUAGACAAUGAGUACAUGGCUUACCAGUACCAUGUCGAUGUGCAGGGGUACAUGCGGCCAAUGUCUAUAUGGAGAUUGCAUGGCUGUGUGCUCGAUUUUAUACACCUGUCAGCAACCGGUGUGACUGAAAUAGCCGAAUCCACUAAUUUGAAGGGGUGUCCACAUACUUUUGGCCAUGUACUGAAUGUAGGUGUGUGUUGCCACAGGUGUUGUCCGUAUCCUAGUGGCCACUGACCUGGCCUCCCGAGGGCUGGACGUCACAGACAUUACACACGUAUUCAACUUUGACUUCCCAAUGAACAUUGAAGAGUAUGUGCAUCGCGUGGGCCGCACGGGCCGAGCAGGGUGAGUGUGUGUCCUUUCUCUAACUGAGCUGUUUCAAGAGAUAUCAUCAUGUUUCAGCAAUAUUUUUUCUGAUGUGUUAUUGUUGACAGUUUUAACGUUUUUUUCCUCUCCUCUUUAUAAUUGCUAGACGCUCUGGGGCCUCUAUCACCUUGGUAACGAGAGGAGACUGGAGGAAGGCUGCUGACCUGAUCCACAUCCUGGAGAGGGCUGGACAGGUACUCGUCUCGCUCUCUCACACACACAUACACAGACAGUCAUUCACAUUGUCUAACAAAUGAGACAUAUUUGGAUUGAGCCUGAACCCCUGUGUAGGAGGUACCUGAUGAGCUGGUGCUCAUGGCAGAGCGAUACGAGAAGCACAAGCGAGAGAAGGAGAUGUGCGGCCCUGGAGGAGGAGGAGGGGGAAGAGGGGGAGGAGGCGGUGGGGGAAGAGGAAUAAGAGACAGAGGAGAGUCUAACUGGAGGUUCUAA